AAUAAUUUUUUAUUGAAGUUUUUUAUUUUCAAAACAUAUACAAGGAUAAUUGUUUAACAUUGACCCUUGAAAAACCUUGUGUUCCCAUUUCCCCCUCCUUCUUCUCCCCUUCUCCCCCCAUGGCAUAUAAUCCGAUAUAAAUUAACCAUGAUAAAAAUAUAUGUUAAAUCCAACAUAGGCAUACAUAUGUAUGCAAUUAUCUUGCUGUAGCAAUAUAAUUUGAAGAUGGAUGAAUGUUUAAUAAAUAUUUGCUAAAGUAAAUAGAUUAAUAUGCUUGUUGUUUUGAACUGAGAGACAUCUGAUUGCCCAAUGGAAAGAGCAUUGAACUCAAGAGUCACAAGAUCUGACUCAAAUUCUGACUUUGCCACUUUUUAUGCCCGUGACACAGGGCAAGUAACAAUCUCUUUCUAGCUUCAAUUUCCUCAUUUGUAAAAUGAGGGAGUUGGAUUCAAUGACCUCCAGCUCUAUUAUUCUAUGGUGCUGAAGUACUUUCAGUUGCAUCACUGUAGCCACAUUGCUUUACCUGGGUGUGCUUAGUUAAAAAUGUCCUUGUCUCUAAAACUUUUAUCCGUAUAAUUAUUUGAUCAUACCUGAAUCAUUCAUCAUAUUCUGUUGUACUUUGUACAAUAAAUGAUUAUUAAUAAUUAUAAAGAUGAAUGAGAUGAGGUGAGAUCUCUCAAGACAGUUGUGAAAAUCGAGUAAGGCUUCAUCUACUUCAGAGUUGGAAUAAACCUGAAGGUCCUUGAGCACUGACUCAAGGGCAUACCUAAGUCCCCUUCCUGCUAUUCUCCCAUUGAUGAGGUUUAGGUUUGAGGGUUUCCUUUAGUAGGGAACCAAAUGAUAAAAGUCUAGAUUUAGGGAACCAAAAUGAGACUAGGAUUUCUAAUAGGGAGUUAAAUGAUAAGGUCUAGCGGCAGGUUUGGGGUUCUGGUUUGGUUCCCCUACACCCUCUUGGGAUUCAGCGCAAGUUUUAGGGAACUCCCUUCUGGCAGCACAGAGAUUCUCUGUAAAGGAAUUUACAGAUCCAAAAACUUAGCUUGAUAAAAGAGAUUUAUUAUAAUAAUUGAGAAGUAAGGUUAGAAAUCCUGACAGAGAGGCAUAAAGUCUAGUUAGGGAAAUAGAUGAGAAUAAAGAGAGGGUAGCACUGGAAAAGAAUAUUAUCCAGUGGGCAGAGACUCUUUGGCAUAGCAUGGCAUGUUUGGAACUUCUGCAAAGAGAAGAUUUUAAUUUGGCUCUUUUAUAAUAGGAGCUUGGGCUACAAGUUAAAGGGAGCUCCUGGGUGGAGUCCCAAAUUGGCUCAUCUACUCAAUGGGUUUCAGUUUGAGCUCGAAUUUGAAUAGAACUCUAUGAGUUUCUUCAAUUCAAUAGGAUUGGAAUUCCUUUUGCUAGAUAACAGAAUGAAAUUGUCUUGUUUGCUUUCCCUUGGCAGGGUCCCUCACUGAGGCAGAGUUGAAGGAGAUUUUCUCCUUCAAGGAUUUUUAGAGUUUCAAGGUCCCUUCUUCACCAUGAUAUCAUUUUCUCUCUAUUUCAAUCAAAUAUAGGCAACUACGUACUUACUGGCCAAGUUCAAUUUCUUGGGUAGUUCCUGAAUUUAGAAUGUAAGACCUUCAGCUAAUGAAGAUGAUGGUCAGUGUGGGAAGGAUUAUUUAAAGUGUAAAAGCUGUCCCAAAAGGUGCCUCCUCCUUUCUAUUGCUUGCUCAACUGGAAGCCCCCCUCCCCACAUUCUCAAAAGUACAAUAAACUUUUGAUUUGCUCCUAGAGAUCUCUCCAGAUUUUUAUUAAAUGGUAACCACUUACCAUUCUGAGCCACACAAAGCUAUAACCAGGAAAAAAAAAAGAUAAGAAAUUUUUGGAGGGGAAAGGAGGAAGUGAGACAAAGUAAUUGGAGUUCAGUGGCUUUCUCUGGGGUCUCAUAUUUAGUAAGGGUCAUGUAUUUAAGUCCAGACUUGAACUCAGAUUCUCCUGACUCCAGAACCAGUACUCUAUCUACUUUGUUAGUUAGCUGCCCCAAGAAAAAUUUCUUAAAUGAGAAAGAAGAAAUAAAGUAUGGUAAUAUUAAGCUACAUUCAGAUUUUGUCCUUUCUUAGAUAUUUUCUUUCCCUAGUUAUUACCCAUUAAAAAUUUCUCAAAUCACUAAAUAUACAAUAAUCAUUUAUAUGCUAGCUACUCUGCUAAACACUGAGUAUAGGAUACCAACAUUAAUCAAUCACUAAUGCUUUCAGCACCUCACAUUCUAAUGAAUUUCAAUUAAUAUUUUCAAUAAGUUUCCUAGUGUACUGCCAAUCUUUCUAAUACCAAGGAGACUACACACAUUUCAAUGAAUUGUUCAAAAAUGCCAGUGGCCUCAAAAAUCCCUUAAAAAUUAUAGGAUUCUAUUGAUGAGACUGUUAUGUGACUUACUCAGGGUCACACAGCUAGCAAGUGUCUGAACUUCAGUUUUCCUGACUCCAAGCCUUUACUAUAUAAUCUUAAAGACAAGCUUGACCGUGAAAUAAAUGUGGAAAUAUACCUUCCUUCCCUUCUUAGAGGAAGAGGACUAUGGCUGUAGAAAACUGAAUAUACUGUCAGAUCAGAAUGAUGGGCUGAUUAGUUUUGCUGAGCUACUUCCCAGCUUCCCCUUUUAAAGUUCUUCCUUACAAGGGUUCGUUUUUCAGCUAAAGAAGAAGGCAUCACUUUCAGAAAUUAAAAUAUCAAGAAAAUUUUUUCAAAUUUCAUUGUGGUAAAAGUUUAAAUGUCAUUCAUUGAUCCGCCCAUCCAGGCAUUUUUUCCUUCGUUCAUUCAACAAUAUUAAAACCGUCUUGGGAACGAUAAAUCCUCUUUAGAAUUUAAGCUCUUUAAGACUAAAGACACACGUACACUGCGUUCUAUAUCGGACAGUGACCUUGGGCCCAAGAGCGUUCAGAAUAAAUAAAGAUAAAUCUCUACCAGGCUUCUGCAGUAUGCCCGUAACAAAACAAGCUUCCCUGUGGGCACCUACGAGGCUUUUAAGCUGAGUGAAAGUGAGAAAAAUAAAAUGUUGCUCUGUUUGUGUUACAUUUUCACGUGCAGACGACCUUGGGGCUACGCACGGUAGAUUUUGCAGUGGGCGAGAAGAGAACAAUUUGUGGGGCCAGGUGGAUGUCCAUACCUCGCUUCCACUUACUCACUGAUGACUUCCCUCUCUUUCUCCCUCCCUCUCGCUGUCCCUGUCUUUGUCCUCCCCUUCUCUCUCUCUCGAAGAUAAGUGCUUGGCUGGCUGGAACUGCAAUCCUAAAGCAAUCCCUUGCUCAUGCCGGAAGAAGAGGGGGCGGGGUGGGAGGGAGAUGCAGGCAACAUGCACCCCAUCCCCCCACCCCAAACAAUCGAAGGCAAACCAAACUGCGACCACAAAUCAGGCAGAAAGUACCCGGACUUAAGAUCUGGUUCCUUUUCCCCCCCACCUCGCUCUCCUUUGUCUAAGGGAAGGGUCGAGAAACAACAGGCAACUGUGCUUUCUUUUCCUAAGCUGGAGGGUCGCGGGGGAAUGCUUGUAACUGCGCCCCGCCCCCUCCCCGCCCCAUCUGAGCCUUGGGCGGAGAGAGCUCUGCCCGUUCGGGCCUCCCCUGGCCUUGCUCGCUGAGGUCAGUCCUCUGCCAGGGUAAGGGAACUGGCCCUGCCGCCUGGCCGAGCUGCCGAACAAGUCUGAGCGCCUCCGCGUCAGCAGCGAGCCCGGCUCGUCUACGUCCCUCUCCCGCCGCUGUGCUCCCGCGUUCAACGGCCGGCGCUAUGAGCCUGCUGGCCCCCUGGGCCCGAGGGCCCGGCCGCCUCCUGCGCUGCCAGCGGGCUCUGCUCGCCUCCGGUGUCUGCAGGCGGGGAGCCGCCGGGGCCGGGCAGCCUCCGCCCGAUCAGCAGUUCACCGUCUGCCGGCAGCAGGAUGGCAUCAGGACCAUUAUCUUGAAUAAUCCAAAGAAAAGAAAUGCUCUGUCAUUGCGUAUGCUGAAAUCUCUCCAAAAUGACAUUCUCCAUGAUGCUGAAAGCAAAGAUCUAAGAGUCAUUAUCAUUUCAGCUGAAGGGCCUGUGUUUUCCUCUGGCCAUGAUUUAAAGGAAUUAACUGAACAGCAAGGCCAGGAUUAUCAUGCUGAAGUAUUUCAGACGUGUGCUGAGGUCAUGAUGCUAAUCCAGAAACAUCCUGUCCCCAUCAUUGCCAAAGUGAAUGGUUUAGCCACUGCUGCAGGUUGUCAGCUGGUUGCAAGUUGUGACAUUGCCCUGGCAAGUGAGAAAUCUCAUUUUGCAACUCCUGGUGUGAACAUUGGACUCUUCUGCUCCACUCCAGCAGUUGCCCUGGGAAGAGCAGUUCCUAAAAAGGAACAUCAUUACAAGAUGGACCUUUACAUGAAUACAAUUUUGCAGUUUCUUGAAGAGAACUGAGUCCUAUUCAACUCUAGACCCAGCUAAUGCUGGAUAAUCAAGUGAAAUAAUAUUUUUAUAGAAGUUAGCACCCUGUCUGGCACAUAGUAUGUUCUUAAUAAAUAUUUAAUCCUUUCCCUUUUCUCUAGUACUACCAUCUUCCCUCAGUUGAUUAUCUCCAAUCUAUCCUGUAUAUAUCUUGUUUGUACAAAAUUUGUUUGCAUAUUCUUUCCCACAAUGGAUUGUGAGCUCUUUGAGAGAAGAGACUGUCUUUUUGUCUUUUUUUUUGUUUGUUUGUUUUGGUAUCUCUAGCACUUAGUACAGUACUUAGCACUUAAUAAAUACUUAUUGACUGGGAAUCUAUACCAUCUGUCCCAGACAUAUGUGUGGAUAGAGAUAAUACCCUAUUGGAAAAGCUAUAUACAUUGUCCAUCCAAGCAUACAAUGUAGUCUUGGCAAAAGACAUUAAUUAUGUACUUGUUCUUUUUCUGUGGGAGUAGUUAGGCCAAAUUCCUUAAGUAUUUCCCUCUCCAUGCUCUUGAUAUCUUAUAUUUCAGUCUUUUGACCCCUCACAAUUAUUCUUCCUCUCACAAGAAUCUCCUCUAUAUGUCCUUGGUAUGCUUUUUCUUCUAUUUAUUCUCUAUAGCACAAUUUCUAUCCCCUCUAUAAGCACAUCCGGUACUAUGAUGUUAGGGUCCAAGGGUAGUUGUUCCUCUGUUCUUGAUAGAGAAAAAUCCAUUAUAAUGAGUUUUAUAAAAGAUUUUCCAUUUUUCUUCUGUUAUCUUCCUGCCAUUUUCAUCCUUAAAUGCCCUUGGGAUGACUUUGCUAACUUAGAUCUGCUUGCCAAGCUUUCUUUAAACUUAUUUUACUGUCCACUGUUUCUCUCAGCUUUGGGAGACAAUGCUGCUCAUAAUCAUCCAUCAUUCUUCACAAGAUUUUACAAACAAGUUUAUAUUCUAACCCAGUGUUGCCUUUGGCAGCCAUCCCUCUCUGUUUGGCAAGUAAAUCAAACAUUUUAUUGACUAAGGCACUUUCUGGGAAGAAAGUAUCCUUGUUUGUGGUAAUUAAUUUACAUUGGUUAAACUUCUAGAUAAAAUUAUCAUAAUCAGUGUCAAGGUCAUUUCUAUUGUCCAUUUCCCAUUUUUGGUUGUCUUGUUUAAAUGGUAGAUGUAAACUUGUGGGUUAAACAGAAGUCUCACACUUUUUUAUGUGGUGAACACUUUAUUUAAUAAAAGAAUUGGGAGACGCUAGACAUGACAAGCAUCAAAUAACAGUCUGAAAAAUGAGUUCAUUUUUCCUGACUCCACUAGCUUUGUACAGUCAGCCCUUGGACUUAUUAGAGCUAAUACAAGAGUUAGCAAAAGGAAAAAAAAAGCAAGAAUAAUGAGGGGGGAAAUAUAGACAAUAUCAUAAAAGAAGGAACUUAUACCUCCUACCUAAAUCCCAAGCUUCUAAACUAUAAUUGUCUUACUCAUAGGUUCCAUCAAAACUGGCAUUAGCUAGUUUUCUCAUUGAUGUGGACACUCCAUAUAUCAAAAAACACAAAACAAUGAAGAGUCCCCCAGGCAUUACAGCACAAGACCUGGCCUUAGAAUAUAUUCUAUUUGUUUUUUUAUAUUUUUAAAAUUCUGAAUUUUAACAAACAAGCACAAACAAAACAAAUCCUUAUAGUGGCCAUAUUCCAAAACGCAUUUCUGUCUAUACCCCAAUUCCAUCAACUCUUUGUCAGAAGGUAGAUAACAUGCUUCCUCUUGAGACAUGAUUGGUCAUUAUGUGAUCAGUUCCUGAAUCUUUCAAAGUUAUGUUUCUUUAUAGUGUUGUUGUCCUUGUAUUAAGUGAUCUGUUUCUAUUCACUUUAUUCUGUCUCAUUUUGUAUUAUUCAAUAAUAACGUCCAAUAAAUCCAAUCUAAUCUAGCAAACAUUUACUAAACAUCUACAAUAUGACAAGAACUGGGAUAAGCACUGAGAAUACAAUUAAUAAAAAGGAUAGUCUCUACCCUCAAGAAGUUUGCAAUCUGAUGGGAGAAGAUAACAUAAAAGGAGACCAGAAAGGGGCAGUAAAAAAGCAGACUACCUUGUUCUGUGGAAUUGAAACCUGAAAGAGCAGCAAGUGCAGAAUAAAGUGAACUGCCUUCUAGAAAGGAAGACAUUUAAAGGAAUUUACUACUUUAUCCUUUAGCCCUCCAAUCUGAGGGGGAAAAGAGGCUGAAAGAGAUAAUGUCUGUCAAGGCUUGAGUUAGCAGCAUGCUGAUGCAAUUAGAAGUGGUAAGUUUAUCCUGGGUAAGGUACCUUAUUCUAAGGAAUAAAUACCAGGCAGAACAGCAGUUAUAAAGUGAAGAUUGCAUUCAUAUACCAAAAUUUGUUUUGAUCAUUCCAUAAUAGAUUCAAAUUCCAACACUUUGUUUUUUAUUUUUCCCCCUUCCUUUUUAAUCCUCUCUCUAGGAUCAAAAAUUUUGUUUUGCUUUCAAAACAAAAAUCUUCCCUUCUGGGUAUUUUCCUAUAGUGUCUUGUUUUCCUAUUAAGUUUAAUAUAUUUUUAUAUCAAACUGUGUGUGUGUAUGUGUGUAUUCAACUCUCUUCCACUCCUUCUCCCAUAAUUAUAUAUUCCUUUUGACAUAUCCUAGUAAUAAAAAUAGCAAGUUCUACUCCCUUUCACUUCCUUUUUGUAUUAUUACAUUAUUUUUACUCUCCUUUCUCUCUUCCCUCUUAAAACCCACAGAACAGAACUAAUCUACUCUCUAGGUCUUCUAUUUUUCUGAUUUAAAUUCCUUGAUACCUUUUGAAGACAUUAUGCUUCUGGGGUAUAAAGUGAUAUGGGAAUAAAGUACCUAUCCUGGAA